GGAGGGGCGGGGCGUGGUUUGGUGAGUGACGUGCGAGCUUUCCCGUUGUGGACCUACCGGCUGUCCGUCUCAGCCGGUGUGUGAGGGGCUGAGGCGCUGAGUCUCGGGCCUCCCCGAAAGUGGCAUGAAGAUGAAAAGAAACAGCUCUAUUUCUGAAGACAAUGAAUUUACUUUCACCCCACUAGUGGUACUGGAACUUGCCAAAGAAACACAAGAUGAGAUGGUAGAAUGGCUCACUCAAAGAAUCAAAGGGAGAAAGCACCUGGGUGGAGCCCAUUUGUAUAUUAAACCUUUGGAUGACAAAGCUGAGAAAACUCGUGUAUAUCUUAUUGGAGCAUCUUGGAGAAGGUUAUUGUUGGGAGCUGAAGCCUUGGGUUUAGUUAAGGAGUAUCAAGAUGGAUCAAUGAGAGCCUUUACCUACCAGAACAAAGAAGACUACAAAUACUUUUCAGAUGACAGCUAUGAUUUUCUAACAAUGGCAGAGCGACAGUACAUUAUUAAACGCGAAUUAGAAAAUCUGAGAGCAAUAGAUGAAACUAUGGUUCCUGGUCACCCACAAGCAAAGCUGUAUCCUGGGAAAUCGAUCAUUCGUCGUUUACAAACCAGUGGACUUCUCCUUCGGAUCUAUCCACUACAUAAUAAGGAAGAAUUGAAAAAACUCAGCACCAUCUGGUAUAAACGCUUACAUAUUGCCUUGCAGCCACUCAAUGAUAUCGAGAAAUAUUUUGGACAGAAUAUUGCACUCUAUUUUGCAUUUCUGGAGUAUUUCACCAUUGCUUUGUUUCCUAUGGCCAUAAUUGGAGUGCCUUACUAUUUCUUUGCCUGGGAAGAUUAUGAUAAGUACAUUGUGUUUGCCACCUUUAACCUCCUGUGGUCGACCAUCGUUUUGGAAGUGUGGAAACGUUGGUGUGCUAAACUUUCCUACCAAUGGGGGACACUGUUGAUGAAGAGAGAGUUUGAAGAACCUCGGCCUGGUUUUCAUGGAAAAUUGGGAAUUAACCCAGCGACGGGAAGAAAGGAACCCACGUAUCCUACUUACAAGAGGCAGCUACGCAUCUAUCUUGUUUCCGUGCCCUUUGUCUGUGUGAGCCUUUACAUCUGCCUUUUUGUUAUGAUGAUCUACUUUCAGAUGGAGGACCUAGUCUUAGCCUAUGAUAAAGAGGUCCAAACAUUCUUUAGCUCCAUCUUGUUGUACUGCCCCAGUAUAAUUUAUGCUGUAGUUAUUGAAAUCAUGAAUCGCAUCUACAAGUAUGCUGCUGAAUGGUUAACUUCUUCAGAAAACCACAGACUCGAAUCAUCGUAUCAGAAUCAUUUAGUUCUCAAAGUGUUGGUGUUCAAUUUCAUAAAUUGUUUUGCAUCCCUCUUCUACAUCGCAUUUAUUCUUCAGGAUAUGAAACUUCUACGACAGAAUCUGGCUGCCUUACUCAUCACCUCGCAGAUACUCAACCAGUUUGUGGAAUCGUUGUUUCCUUACUGGCUACAAAAGCGUCGUAACAGGAAGAUCAAGAAGGAACUGCAUAUAACAAGUUUAGAAAAAGAACUUCCAUUAGUUGAACAAGUCAAGAUGGAAGGAGAAAUGGACAGAUAUUUGGGAACAUUUGAUGAUUACUUGGAAUUGUUUCAACAGUUUGGCUUUGUCAGUCUUUUCUCCUGUGUCUACCCACUUGCUGCCAUAUUAGCAGUUUUGAACAACAUCACUGAAGUCUACUCUGAUGGGCUUAAAAUGUGCUGUGUCUUCCAACGGCCGUUCUUCGAGCCUGUGGCUGAUAUAGGAGUAUGGUUGCUAGCCUUUGAAACGAUGGGAAUUAUUUCCGUGAUGACCAACUGUGCAUUGAUUGGGAUGUCGCCCCAAGUGAAGUGGCUUUUUCAGAGAAAUGGUAUAGAACUUGUCUUGCUGGUUGUGGCUAUAGAGCAUGCUCUGUUGGCUCUGAAAUUUAUCCUGGCAUUUGCCAUCUCUGACAUCCCAAGUGAUAUCCGUACUAAAGUGGCCAGGAUGGAAUUUGAGUCUAUGGAGGCCCUGAAACGAAAGCAAAUAAAGGAAGCUGAUGAAUCAAUGGCAAAGGAAGAGCAACUUGUUGAAACAAAGAGAGAAUGGGAAGAAAAGAAAAAGUUAUGAAGAGAUGCAUGAUAGGCCUUAAGUGGAUCAAGCCAUUUACCAAAAUUAAAAACUGUUUAGUAGGUGUGAAGAUAUAUAUAGCUUGAGAAUGUCUCUCAGCACAGUGCUAUCUCUUUGUAAAUGUAUCCAUCAUCACAAGCUUGCAUGAAUCAUUGUGAUUUUGCACACAAGGAUAAAUCAAAUUGUAUGGUGCAGAGCAAAGCAUGUACCAGCAUAGGAUGGACAAAUAACACUUAAAUUUGAGUAGGUCAGCCUUUGAACUGCAUCAAGCUGAGGAUAAUUUUAGAUUGCUGGAGCAGUUCUCAGUCACAGGUAUUGUGCGACACUUGAAUGCUUAAAUGUGUGUAUAAAAGUGUAUUGCAUGCUGUCUUGGUUCAAAAGAAAAAUCCUUGUAUAAAAUACAAUAAAUGACACUGCACCUCUCACCCUAUGAUAACCCUUUGCAAACUAUGCAUUAAGGAAAUAGGUUCUGGCUUCGAGUUAUUCACAUUAGCAUCAUAGGCCUUUUGUCAUCAUUAAUUCUGCCUGCUAAACUGCAGACAACUUUGGGAUUUCCAUCAUGCACACGUGAACAUCGAAAUCUUGAAGUUGCCCAUGAACUCUGACAUUUCAGUAGCUUGACUACUUCGGCUGCAGUUCUGAGUUCUGAGGUGGCCACUAUAGGAACCCAAUAAACUUUAGGGGGAAUGUAGGAGAAAUUUCUUAGCCAAAAAGUGUAAAAUUCAUUAGCACAGGUAAUACUUGAAGUGGAAGGGAAAGCUAGCUAAUAUACCCAAAAUGGAUGCCAAAAAGGUUAAAAUGGGAAGCUGGUUUGCGUGCAGUAAAAAUACUGGGAAGAGCCAUUUGGGCUGAAAUCUAUGCUACAAUCUACAAUCGGGCAAGUACAUUCCUACAAUACCCUGGGCAAUACAGGAAUCCACGUGACUUUUUAAAUACAAAUGAAUAGUAGUAUAAUCUUAAAGUUGUUAGGCUAUGGAAUGUGCUUAAAACAAUACAGGUUUGUUAAUUUACUAGCAACUGAUUUUCCCUUUUUACCAUAUCUAAACACAACUAUUUGUGCUCAACCGGUCUUAUGGUAUGGUGCUAGUAAAUCUCUUCCAACUCCCUGGCCUCAAUGAUACUAACUAAAUUUAGCCAAAUGAGAUCCUGUCAAACAAAGCUGUACAAGUAAUUUGGCUAUAAUUAAUGCUGUAUGUCCCUUCACAGAAAACUACGUUAUAGUUUUGUCACCUGGAUCCGGCACUGUUGAAAGAUGUG